AUGCGGUUGACUCGCACUGAGGUGGAGAGACACAAUAGCAAAUCAUCCUGUUGGAUUGCGAUCCACGGCUCCGUUUAUGAUGUGACUGAUUUUGUGGACUCUCACCCCGGAGGUUCCAAUGUCAUUCUGCGCUGUGCUGGGAAGGAUGCAACAGAGGACUUUGACUCGGUACAUGAGCAGGAGAUCCUAACACAGUCUUUGGCUCCUUCAGCUCUUCGCGGACACGUUGAGCCGGGUACGCUGGUGAAGUCAAGCGACAUCAGCGAAAUUAAACCACCAAUCAAAGAUGCAACCCUUCCUCCUCCAUUGAGCAGCUUGCUUAAUCUUCAUGAUUUCGAAAUCGUCGCCCAGAAGCACCUCCCCCCUAAUGCCUGGGCUUAUUACGCCUCCGGAGCCGAGGACGAGAUCAGCAAGCGACAAAAUUCCAAGGUGUUCCAGAAAGUCUCUCUUCGACCGCGCAUCCUUCGCAGCAUUCCGGCUGUAGAUACAACGACUAAUAUCCUGGGCAAGCAAGUUUCAUUGCCAAUUUACAUGAGCGCUGUUGGCAUUGCAAAACUUGCCCAUCCCGACGGGGAGCGCGCCCUAGCAGCCGCAGCAGGGAAAGAAGGAUUGGCGCAAGUGCUUGCCAACGGAGCCAAUAAUGUUAUUGAGAGUGUUAUGGAUGCACGGGCGAGCCCGGAGCAGCCUAUCUUUCAGCAGCUGUAUGUUAAUCGUGACAUCACGAAGUCAGAAGAUGUGGUUCGGCGUGCAGAACGCGCUGGUGCCAGUGCCAUCUGGAUCACGGUCGACUCUCCAGUUGUAGGGAAGAGGGAGAUGGAUGAACGAUUCAAUCUUCGGGUUGAGGCGAGGGACGACCCGUCCAGAAAAGGGCAAGGCGUCGCUAAAACAAUGGCCAGCUUCAUUUCCCCAUUUAUCGACUGGGAUAUCCUUUCAUGGUUGCGGGGCCUUACUAACCUGCCCAUAGUCAUUAAGGGGAUUCAAUGCGUUGAGGACGCGGUACAAGCAUAUCACUGUGGAGUGCAGGGGAUUGUUCUAUCUAACCAUGGAGGACGAUCGCAAGAUACCGCCCAGGCACCCCUCCUCACUCUUCUUGAGAUCCGACGGUAUGCUCCGUUACUCAUUGACAGCAAAAUGCAAAUCUUCAUUGACGGUGGCAUUCGACGAGGCAUUGAUGUAUUGAAAGCAGUGGCUUUGGGGGCGACCGCCGUAGGGCUAGGUCGGCCUACGUUGUAUAGCCUUGCAGCAGGAUAUGGUGAGCAGGGGGCUCGGCGAGCCAUUGAGAUCCUACGACAGGAGAUAGAGUCUAACAUGGUGUUUCUGGGAGUCACGAAUCUAAAAGAGCUGGGACCGCAUCUUCUGAAUACUGCUAGAUUAGAAAGAGACAUGGUUGGGUCAGUGAAGUUGUACAUUGGCUCCUUCUAUGCCUUCAUCUUAACCCGCAAUGACCGAGUCCGUCUAACAGUAGUAGCGCGGUCAAACUAUGACGCCGUUAAGGAAAACGGUAUCUUCCUCGACAGCGGAAACCAUGGACAGCACAGGUUCCGCCCUCACCACGUCAUCAAAUCCCUCGACGAAGUAUCCGGUCCAUUUGACUACGUUGUCUGCGCGCAUAAAGCUAUUGACCAAGAGGCAGUGGUAACCCGACUACAGCCAGCCGUGAACGAAAAGACAACCAUUGUGAUCAUCCAAAACGGCGUCGGCAACGAGGAACCGUUUCGAAACACAUUUCCUAUGUCCUCCAUCAUCACAUGUGUGACAUGGGUAGGGGCGACACAAACAUCACCGGGCACGGUCAAACACACCAAAUCAGAAGAUAUGCAGAUUGGUCUAUACCCUAAUGCAUCGGUAGAUGAAACACUUGAGCGGACUCGUUUGAACACAUUCGCUUCGCUGUUAGAGGAAGGAGGAACCAAGUUCCAGGUGCUGGAGGAUAUGCAGCGUCAGCGCUGGGAGAAAGUCGUCUGGAAUGCAGCUUGGAACCCUCUUACUACUUUGACCUUACUCGACACGCAGUCUUGGCUCCAUUCCAGUAAGGAUGCGACGCCCUUAACACGCCGAUUGAUGCGGGAGGUUAUCGAUGUAGGUCGCAGGUGCGGUGUGCCAUUGAAUUAUGGGCUUGUUGAUGAGUUGAUGGAUAAGAUUAACUCUUUACCGGGUAUUGGAAGUAGUAUGCAGACGGAUUAUAAGAAUGGAAGGCCCAUGGAGGUGGAUGUUAUCUUGGGGUUUCCGGCUAGGAAGGCGAAGGAGUUUGGUAUGGAGACACCGGUUUUAGAUACGAUUCAUGCGCUGGUACGGGCUGUGGAUGGUCGUGUGAGGGCGGCUUUGUAG